AAAUCGCUCCCCCUACCUCACUGUAUAUUCGUUUCAGUGUGAUAAAAACAAAAACUCGAACGUAAUAUUGCGUAGUUUCUUUUCUCAAACCGCUAAAUUGUGUGACUAAUUCGCGUGUGACGAUGCGACCAUCUUUUCAAUAUACACGUGAACACAUAACCUAAUCUUCAUCGUGCGUUUUGCAUCAAUGAGAAAAUAAAACGUUUCUUGCACGAUCUUGCAUUAUAUUAUUAUAUUAUUCGAACAAGUUUCCGCGUAAUAAUAAUAAUAAUUAUAUCAAGGAAAAUCAAGGAGUCAAAAUGCCUGCUUCGUGCUCCACAAAUUGCGGAAGAGACGCUAUUUUAAAAAGGCCAAAAACCGGCGACAAAUUGUGCAAGGAAUGUUUCUUCCUGGCAUUUGAAACUGAGAUUCACGAUACCAUUAUCAGCGGCAAGCUGUUUAAACCUGGUGACAAAGUUGCCAUUGGAGCAUCUGGUGGGAAAGAUUCAACGGUACUUGCGUAUAUUUUAAAAACACUGAACGAAAGAUACAAAUAUGGGUUGGAUCUGUUUCUGUUAUCUAUCAACGAAGGGAUCACUGGGUAUAGGGACGAUAGUUUGAAAACUGUAACACAGAACAGAGACGAUUAUGGUAUCCCGCUUAAAGUCUUAUCGUAUGAAGAAUUAUACGGAUGGACAAUGGAUGCCAUUGUUGCAGAGAUCGGCCGUAAAAAUAAUUGCACAUUUUGCGGUGUUUUUCGAAGACAAGCUUUGGACAGAGGUGCCGCACUGUUGAGAGUGAAUUGCAUCGCAACUGGUCAUAAUGCAGACGAUAUCGCGGAGACGGUACUGAUGAAUGUUAUGAGGGGCGAUAUCGCAAGAUUACAGAGGUGUACAUCUGUAAUAACUGCAGGCCCAGAUUCUAUCAUGCGAUGUAAACCACUAAAAUAUGCAUACGAGAAGGAGAUUGUUAUGUACGCAUAUUUGAAGCGUUUGGUUUACUUCUCCACCGAAUGCAUAUACGCCCCGGAUGCUUAUAGAGGCCAUGCACGAGCCUUCCUGAAGGAUUUAGAGAAAAUAAGGCCUUCAGCUAUUAUAGAUGUGUUACACUCAGGUGAACAGCUGCAAGUAAAAGACGGCGUGAAAAUGCCAGAGAGGAGAAAUUGUACCCGAUGUGGAUUCAUCUCAAGUCAGGAAAUAUGCAAAGCUUGCAUUCUGUUGGAAGGUUUGAACAGAGGACUACCAAAACUCGGUAUUGGCAAAUGCAGCAAAGCUAAGAAGAUUAUGAGCUCGGAUGCAAAUAACGUAGAUAAGAGAAACAGAUUGCAAAAUAUAGAUUUUUAAUAUUUUAUAAAUAUAUAAUACGUGUAGAUGGCAUGUGGUGUUUUUACAUAAAAUAAAAUAAAUUCGUUUUCAGUUAUUCAUUCAAUUAUUGUCACAUUUGAAGCAAGUUAAUAUAAGAUAUCCAUCACGUACAUUCCCUUUGAAAAAAUUCAAUUUAUAUUAACGAUGAAUUUAUAUUUUUUAGAUAUUAAUUAAAUUUUAACAUUAGUCAUUUCAAACUAUUCGCUAGGUCUUAUCUUCCAGAAUUCUAUUGUUAGAAUUAGCAAGAUAUUUCUUCCAACAUUAGGCCUGUACUUUAUAGUUGAACUAGCGUUACAUUGGAACUUCGAUCUUUCUCUUUUCAAUGCUCUGUUAUAUAUUUGUUUUAUUCCAAAGGCAAAAAGUGUAAUCUAGUUCAGCUACAGAAAGAACAGACUUAUUGAAUUCUUAUUAUACAUAAUUAAUACAUAUAUAAGCACUAUAAUGAUUAUAAUUAUUA